AUGGCCGAGGCCGGCCUGGAGGAGUUCCGCCGCCGCUGGCGAGAGGAGUUGGCCCUCCGCGAAGGUCCGACUAAGAGGCGGCGGCGGCGGAGCGGGGAGGAGGUGGCGGGGGCGGCCCGCGAGCCGGAGCCGGUGUCGCAGUGGAGCUUCUGCGGGGCCGUGCAGGCCGCUCCUGGGGCUCCAAGUGCCCAGCGGCCGGGGGUUGCUACCGGCUACUUCGAGUUGGCCCGGAGCCUCUUGGAGGGCGGAGAGAGCCUGCUAGUCCCCUCUUCGCCUGGGACUGCCGAGGAACCCUCCUGCUCCAGCCAGGGACGGAUCCCCCAGACCCCCGAAGCCCACAAGCCCGAGCACCCCGAAAGCGCUGGCGGAGACCAGCUGCUGGAGCAGCUCAUCCGAGACCUGAAUGAAAUCAAUGAGAUCCCCUUCUUUGACAUCCAGCUACCUUAUGAACUGGCCUUGAAGAUAUUUCAGUACCUGGGCAGGACUGAGCUGGGAAGGUGUGCUCAGGUGAGCAGGACGUGGAAGGUUCUUGCAGAAGAUGAAGUGUUGUGGUACAGAUUGUGCCAACAGGAAGGGUACCUUCCAGAUACCAGCAUCUCUGAUUGCUCCUGCUGGAAACUUGUCUUCCAAGAAUCCCGUGCCAAGGAACACACGUUAAGAACCAACUGGAAGAAUCGCAAUGGUGCUGUGAGCCAGUUGCAAUAUGAACUUGGUAAAGUUCUAUGCGAUGUCCACUCUUGUGAUGGUGUUGUGAUUGCUGGAUAUACAUCAGGGGAUGUGCGGUUGUGGGACACCCGCACCUGGGACUACACAGCCCCCAUCCUGGAACCAAUGCAUGGCGCUGCUGAGCCUGGAUCCAAGCCACAUGUCUCCUUUGUGAGGAUAAACAACUCUCUGGCUGUAGCGGCUUAUGAGGAUGGGACUGUUAAUGUUUGGAGUCUGAUGAUUGGUCGUGAUCCUGUCCAUUGCUACCAGCACAAUCUAAGAAUACAGGCACUGGCACUCAGCCUAGAAGGUGCCACAAUUGCUACAGCAUCUGGCCUUGAGGUCAGAGUGGAAUGCCCCAAUGAGAAGGGAUAUUGGGAAACAGUGGCUCAUUUUGAAGUUCAGAAGUCGGUCAACUUUCUUCAUCUGAUUCCAGAUGCUGGAAGACAUCCUGUGGCAGUUGUAGCUGCUGAAGAUAUUGUUUACCUUCUAAAAGCAGAGAACCCAAGCCGUGUUCUUCAUUCUGUAUAUGGCCAGCCUGUCACUUGUCUGGAUGUUUCUUCGAAGGAAGCAGCCUUUGGCAUAAAAAGCUUAGGGUGGAUGAAUGAAGGAAACAAGAUACUGCUGUACAGCCUGCAGACAAGUCAGUGCCUGGCCACUCUGGGCAGCUCUCUGGGUGACUUCACAUGCGUCAACCUCCGGAACAGCCCCCCACACCUGCUGGUCACAGGCAAUAAGGACAGGAGGGUGAGGGUGUAUGAUCUGCGCAACAACAGUGCCUUGUGUUCCCUCUACGCUCAUCAGUUGGGCGUCUCCGCCGUCCAGAUGGAUGACUGGAAAAUCGUCAGCGGAGGCGAGGAAGGCCUGGUUUGUGUCUGGGACCAACGAAUGGGCAACAAGCUAUGGGAAAUGCACGCCAGACACCCUGUCCGUCACAUCUGGUUUAACACGCACAGCCUCAUCACGGCCAACAUCCCUGAUGAGAAGAGCCCCCGCGGUGCCAGCAUUCUGGAUGAUGACUUGACUGCUCACCGAAGGCAUCGAGGAAUCAUCUAUGCCUAUGAGUUUUCCAUGGACCAGUUGGCUCUUGAAAGCAUUCUUCCAAUUUGCCGCUCAUCCUAUGAUGAAGUGGCCGGUUACAACUAUAACAUCGGCCUGGCUGUUCCUUAUGACAACAUUUAGGGAAUGAUCUCUUCAUGUAGAAUGGAGAGAAUGGGAAGAACUUAGAGGGACUCCUCGUUGAUGUGUUAAAACCUGCAGAAACCUCAGGCUCUGCCAAACUGACCCCUGGCACCUUCUUCCUAGUUAUCAGAGGACAAGAGAGUUGAUGUGGGAGGGAAAGAAACCCCUUUCAACCUUGGGCUCUUCUCGACUAAAUGAGCCUGGUACUGGCAUUAGAACCCCAGAAUAAAAGACUGCUGAGGUGCAGGAAGAAGUCAGGCUCCAGAAAUGUGUGGGCCCUAAUAAAAAGAAAACUGGACCAUAGAAAAGAAUAAUUGAUACACUAAGCUUUUGGAUCUAUUCCAGAACAUCCAUUAUUUUAGCUCUCUGUAUUAUGGCCUCCAGCCUAAGCCAGCAGCUCUGGGGGCAUUGGCUCCCAGGACUAGCUCAGUUUUAUUCUGAAUAAAGAAUGUAUCAAUACAA